CCAGGCCGGGCAUGGCGUCGAUGGCGGCGGCGAUCGCGGCCUCGCGCUCGGCGGUCAUGAGCGGGAACCGGCCUCUGGACGACCGGGAGCGGAAGCGCUUCACCUACUUCUCGUCGCUGAGCCCCAUGGCCAGGAAGAUCAUGCAGGACAAGGAAAAGAUCCGGGAGAAGUACGGGCCCGAGUGGGCGCGGCUGCCGCCCGCGCAGCAGGACGAGAUCAUAGACCGGUGCCUGGUGGGGCCGGGCGCCCCCGCGCCCCGCGACCCGGGGGACUCGGGGGACUCCGAGGACCUGGCGCGCUUCCCCGGCCUGCGCGGGCCCACGGGCCAGAAGGUGGUGCGCUUCGGGGACGAGGACAUAACUUGGCAAGAUGAGCACUCUGCCCCCUUCUCCUGGGAAACGAGGAGUCAGAUGGAGUUCAGCGUCUGUUCCUUAUCCAUCCAAGAGCCGGCCAGCGGCACAGCCAGCGAGGCAAGACAGCUGUCGAAAGCGUCCCAGGGCUCGCAGGCCCUCCGGUCCUCCCAGGGCGGCAAGUCCUCCAGCCUGGAUGCCCUGGGUCCUGCCCGGAAGGAGGAGGAAGCUUCCUUCUGGAAGAUCAAUGCGGAGCGGUCCCGGGGAGAGGGGCCCGAGGCUGAGUUCCAGUCGCUGACGCCCAGCCAGAUCAAGUCCAUGGAGAAAGGUGAGAAGGUCCUGCCUGCCUGUUACCGGCAGGAUCCCGCUCUGAAGGACAGGGAGGCCAAGGGGGAGAGGCCCAGCAAUGUCCGCCAGGAGCAGCGCGUCUUUCCGUGUGUCAGCGUCGAGCAUGAGAGACCCCAGCCUGUCCAGGCCUGCGCCAGCACCGGGAAGGAAGCCGUCCCGUCCGAGCCCGUAGGGAAGCCGCCCUCUCCUGAGGACCAGCAGGACGUCGUGGAGGAUGUGGAGGAUGGGCUGUUUUCGGAACCCAUGCCGACUCAGGUCACCUCAAGUAAUGUUGUCUUGAAGACAGGAUUCGAUUUUCUGGACAACUGGUAAAAUGUAUUAGACCAAAAUAAUAAUAAUAAUAAUAAAAUCAAGAACCCCUGGAGUGUUUUUCCAAAGCGGUGUGGUGGAGGAGGAUAAAAUGGGCAAUAUUUCCCUUUGUAUUUUCCUGGUUUCUGUACACUUUUUUCUUAAUCAUUUGGAAACUGGUAAAUAUUGCCUUGUCCAGAUUUCCAGAUUUUUCUCUUUUUGGUAAGGCCAGAUAUAUAUGCUAUUUUCAAUGAUUUGAUAACAGAAGUUUUGCAUUUGGAAUUUUUAAAGACUGUUAGGGAAUUCCGUUGAUCUUCCAUUCCCAGUUCCACCCAAUUCCCCCCACCCCAGAGAAAACGGUUUCUCAUUGUGUCACAAAAAUCGUGAAAGCGAUUUCCCUCUUUUUCUCCUUUAGUCUCUCCCCGUUUUAUUAAUUGGGUGGACUUUGGUUGGGUGGCUAUUGGUGAUAUCCUCAGUAGUGGCAUCAGCACGCCGGCUGUGACCACGGAAGGAUGACCCCGCCACUGCCCCCAGUCCCCACCCAACGUCCCCAGCCAUCCAGGGCCACCUGAAGCCACGCUUGUCGGAUCGUGUGCCAUCUCCACCCUCACGGCGUUGCCAGGAAACAGACUGUUGGCACACGGCAGAGAUGCUCUUUCGUUCGCCCUGAUAGCUAUUCAAACCAUUCAUAGCUGUUUAAGAAGAGCUGCAUGUUUAAAAGUUUUGUAUUGACUUUUCAUUAUUUUGUAUCUAGGUUUAGAUGUUGUAGGGCUACCACUUUUCUGGGGUGUGUACUGGUUUCUUUCUGGAAGCUCUUUGCUACUCACGUGGCCUGUGGAUGUCCCCUGUCUCGGGCGUCUGCAGGGGUAAGGGCGGACAGCAGGUGUUAGAGGAUGGACUCUUCUGAGUAGGUGUGUUAGAACCUUCCAGCAUGAGACUGGCGGGCCAGUGGACGUCUUCAUCCCAAGGACUGGUCAUACUCCCUGGACGAUCUCCCUCUGCAUUCCUGACCACCAUCCGAAGUGAACAGUCAAGUUUCUGCAGCGCCCGCAGCGCCCCCUGGAGACCUGUGUGGUCAUAGCAAUGGCAUCUCUUGGAGCGAGACUUUUUGUGACCCGCUGCUGCGCAGGUGUCGUGGCAGCUCCCAGGCUGCCCAGGGGAGCAAGGUGGCCCAUGCCCCGGAGGUGGGUGGGACAGGGCGAGGAGGAGUGUGGGCCUUACCCUGGGAAGCCUAUGCCCUGACCCGUGGCCCUGAGCUGCAGGAGCCUGCGGGACGCACCCGAGUGCGAUCUACACAUGGCCUCUCACUGUGUUCUCCUCACCCGAAGCCUUAACCCCUGCGAGUCCAGCCAGUGAGCACCUAGUUUCAGUAUCAAAGUGUGUCUUUUUAAAAAUGCAUUUCUGUUUCGUAUGACCUCCUUAAGUGAUUUCCAGAAUAUCUUAUCUGGCUCCAAGGUAAAGCCCAUGGCAACUUACCCUGCCCCCCCCCCAGGAAUGUUUCUGCCAAAGUUGUGGCCCAGCCAACUUUUGAUUUGAUUUCUGCCAAUUGGAUUAUGUCCUUAAACUUCAUUUGGGCCCUUAGGGUUGUGGAUAUGACCUUCUUGCUUUGGUGACUGUGUUAUGGCAAAUAGAGGUUCUUUUGUACCAUUUAAGAAUAGUGAAACAUGCCAGGGAAAGAAGGUUUCUAGCAUGGUGGGGAGGGAAAAGGGAAACUCCAGCUGACACAGCACGGCAGCGUGCCCGCCCCUCAGGUUAGCUGCUGAGUCUCGGAGCCUGGCUCGCCAUCUGCCUCCACUUCCAGCCUGGAGGACAUUGGACUGUCUCAGAACCCGUGCUUGAAAACGGUUUCUUAAACGAGAGAUGGACAGGUGUGCGUUGGUAUCCCUGGUGUAGCAGGGGGAACUGAACUACAUCCAGGAACAAUCAGCCCAAGAUGAGCUGUCUGUUCUCUGAGGAGAUGGUUCUCAUUAAUUGCUGAUUUUCACAUAAAGCCCAAUUAUUCCUUUCAAGUUGGACCCUGGAAGCUGAGGGGGUUCGGGGAUGGUAGAAAAUCUCUGCCUCCCCAGGUGCCACCUGGGAGCCUCUGCUCAGAGCUAUUCAGUUAAUCUUGUUUCUACAGAAUCUUAAGUUUUGUAAGAGACGGCCUCCUGAGAUGAAAGGUAAAGUCAAAACUUGGGAAAUCCUCGAGUGGUGUUGCUUGGCCCUGCUCUCAGAGGUCAGGGACUGAGAAGGAGGCGUGAAGGCCUAGAGGACACAGGCUAGUGGGUGUCUGAGAUGGUUCCUGCCCACCGAGGAACUGUGUUCGGUGUGUCCAAGUACUAUGGACAAAUGAAGCUCUUAAGUUUGCCAUCCGCCCCCCAACAUGUAUCAGAGUAGGGUUUUUAGAACCAGGAGUUUAUAUUUAUUAUUUUAAAAAUACACACUUUUCAGCUAAAGCCUGUAUUUGGUGUUGGGUGUCCCCCCCCCCCGCACCCCCAUUCGGUGCAUCUGGGAUUCAGCUCAAGGAUUUAGUGUCUUGCUUUGGGUGACCAUUCCUGACCCCCAGAAAGUCAGAAACUAGUUUCAGUUCCUUCACUUGGGGGUCCCUACCCUGCUCUCUGGGUUUGGGAGUGCUGCCUGCUGGGGACGGCUGCAAGCCGCACCCCACGGGGAUGUCAGACCCGCCUCCCUUUCUUUGUUACAUGUUUUCAAAAACAAUUGAAACAUUCUUACUGACGACUUGUAACUUGGUUGUAUUUUAUAUUAAUAGCCUUUAAUAAAGCCAUUUAAAAUA